AACUAGACAGCGAAUUUAAAUUCCAAUGGAAUGCCUUAUAGAAGUGAAUAGAUUAAGUGUUAUAGAGUAGAUAUACGUGCGUCAUUUAGUGUUCGAAGUCAUCUCAAACCACGUCAUGCUUCUCUCCAGCAGAUGGAGACGUUAAACUAUUGUAGUUUGGCCAACAAAGAAGAAGAAACUCUGCAAUAUGGCGUUAAGUGACCGUUCUAUCGCCUCCUUGUUGAGCAUGCUCUAGCGUCGUGUUUUUUUUGUGUCCCGGUGGUCAGUACAAUCACACCGUUCAGGUAUUACCUCGGACCACCUUGUGCCCUCAGCAUCGGAACGGUGCAUUGCAAGAAGUCAUGUUUCGACAGAAAAUACCUUUCACACAGGUGGCCUUUGCCGCAGUGCUUGGAGUUGCGGGUGGUUUCUACAUCUACAGACCCUACUAUGACACUGUGACAACGAUAUCAACACAGCAGCAGCAAAACCAGGAUAUGACACAAAAGGAAAAUGUACCUAAUGGAAAAAAAUCAUGCUAAGGGACAACAAGAAUAAAAUAUUUAUAAG